AUGGCCGCAAAUCCUCCGAAUCAGCCGACGCCCACUCAGCCUGCUGCAAACCCGACGACGACAAACAUCAUCACCGCCCUCGGCAAUGCGUUCAAGUCACAGAAUGGAGACCCACUUCCGGGCGAGCAUAUCGCCCAGCUGCUCAUUGCGAACAUGAGCCAGCUGGGAGAGCUCGCAAAGCAGGGAAAGCUUACGCAUCAGCAAAUAGCCCAGCUCAAGCAGUACGCAGACAAGCAUAAAGUCGCAGGUGCCGCAGGAUCCACUUCCGCCACGCCCGCUCCGGUGAGUCGUCUUCCCCCUGAACGCGGUGCAACACCGUCUGCCACCGCUGCAUCCACCUCCGCUGCCGUGACGGCUGCGGCCACCGCUGCGAAUGCGGCAUUCAAGACCACGAACCCCAGCCCCUUCCUCGGUGCCUCGCCCGUCAGCGAAGGGUACCCCAUCAGCCAGACUCCAUCUGUGACUCAACAGGGCCCGGUACAAUGGCAGCCUGCUCAGCAAGGACGGCCGUCGUUAACUGGUGGUAUCCCGAGUGGCCGCAUAACAGGCAAGUCGCUGUAUGUUGUCACAAAGCCAGAAGACUCGACGGUUCUGCCGCUGGACGACAACCGGACACGACGGAAGAACACGCCUGGCGAUCAGAGCAUGCGGAGAUCCAUACAGGACCUCGUAUCCAGCAUCGACCCAAACGUCAAGAUCGAGCCAGACGUAGAGGAUCUGCUUCUUGACAUCGCAGAUGAGUUCAUCGACUCCGUGACGAACUUCGGCUGUCGACUUGCGAAGCAUCGGGGAGGAGAUACGCUCGAGGUCAAGGACCUGCAACUACACCUAGAACGCAACCACAACAUUCGUAUACCUGGAUUUGCCUCAGACGAGGCGCGAAUAUCGCUGUCCCAGGUCGCAAUUGCCCCGGCAGCACCCACAACGACGUCUGGUAAAAAGGGCGGCGCACAGAGCACGCAGAUGACGCUACGCAGCCACAGGCUCUCCCAAGUACAAUUCGCAAAGAAGGAAGCCAAGCUCAUGUAG